AUGGGAAAAGGCACAAAACCAGGAAAGUAUCGUAAGAACGGAUUCCAGAAGCGAAAGAAAUGUGACGACACAAUAGCGGAGGAUGAUACGGAGGUUCCGAUGAAGCAGAAGAAUAGUAAGGAGGAGAAGACGAAGAUGUCUUCAGCUGAGCAUCAUGUGAAGAAGAAGUCAAAAGAGAAGGAGAGAACGUCGAAAGAAAAGAGAAAGUCAUCUGGAGAGGUGACGGAGAAGGAGAAGGAAUCAGAGGGUCUCAAGAUUGCAAAGGCUGCAAAAGUUUUCUGCAAAUAUUUACUCGAUAUGAAAGAAUCGUCCGUGAGCACGUACUUUGACGAGCACCUCGCCAGCUAUAAACCGCCCGACCAGACGACUGUCGAAUGGGAGAAAAAUAUGACGAAGAAUCGAUCGAAAGAGCAAAAAAUGUAUGAUAAGACACGUGUCCAACUGAAGUGUCAGACACCCGAAGACUCUGAGUAUAUCAAUGCAAGUAGUGUGAAAUUCGACGGGUCGGAGACCGAAUUCAUCAUGACACAGUACCCCAUGUGGGAUACUGUACGUGACUUUUGGCGGAUGGUCUCGCAGCGAAAAGCAUCGAGAGUUGUCACCAUUUUUGAGCCAUUCUGCGACGAGGCUAUCGAAGAAUGGAACAAAGUGCCGAGUUUGAUGACGUCACCGGCCACGCCCCUUUCUGGAAAUGAGGCGUCGAGUGAGGAUUUCAAGACACAGACAAGAGAUCAAAUUGUCAAUAAUUCUGUUCGGUGCGAAUCCACUCAACUCAAAUCGUUCUUUCCACUCUACUCUGACCAUUACAUGAAUCUGAAUGGAUGGCUGAUUAAUACCCAACGCAUUGAAGUUGAUGAACGAGACAAGACAUGGGUCAACACGUAUACCAUUGAGAUUGUCGCGGACGGGUGUAGUGAGGCCAUCUACUGUCGUUUGUUCAACUGUACCACGUGGCCAUGGAAAAAGACGCCAAGCGAGGAGAAGAAAUUGUUGGCACUGGUUCGUGCGCCAUGGAAGGACGUGCACCCAGCGACCCAACCCAACGAUCCGGUCAUUGUAAUGUGUGAUCUCGGUCUCGACCGUUCCGCUACCGUAGUCCUCACCGCCAUUCUCAUCGAGCUGGUCUUGGCUGGAAAACCGCCCGACUGUGACGGACUGUUCAAACGAAUGCGUGAUCAACGAGCCGGUUGUUUCACCAUGUCAAUGUUCUACACGUAUGCGAUUCGUGCCGCUUUGAGCUAUUUGAAAAUCAAAUUUCGUCAAAUGGCCGAUAUUCCGGACGACGUGAAGACGAUGGUUAACGACGCGUUGUUGAAGGUUCCGUUCGUCAAUACGAAGACUAAAGUGUAG